AUGACAGGCUCUUCGAGAAACUCCAACUGGGAGGAGGCCAAACGCGGAAGAGAAAUUGGAAUAACAUCAGUCGCGAGAGGUGCUGCUAAAACCUAUGAGGCUGUCAGGAUUGCCUCUCAAGGAGGAACCUGGAGAAGUAAACCUCGGAGAGAUGGGGUAUCAAGGUAUGCAGUCGAACAGCAGCGUCCUCUAGGACCAUCUGUUGGCACAUUAGUGGCCGCAAUAACCGUUGACACCCUCCCCGAGGGGAGGGUACCUGCGAAGUGGACACCGUUUCAAAUGAGCUUGCAACUCAAAAGGGACUCUGGCGAAUACGUAGCCAAACGCUGCAAGACGGCCACGAUCAGAGCAAAGGAGCGUUCACCCAAAGAACUCAUUCGAGGUGUGUACGGGUAUGGACACACGUUCCCAGAAAUAUAUACGGACUGGGAUAAAAGCGUCAAAGGCUCGGCGACAAACCAACGCGUCAUUCGCAAUGAAUUUGGUGGGCUAAAUUUCCUCCGCGAAGAAAAAACACCGACAAGCAAGAAAGACCUCGUCGACCUUGGCGAAUCCAGAAAACAAAUCGAUAUGGAUGAAGUUUCACACACGAUUAUGGGUUCGUCAGAUCCCAAAUAUUUGUCAUUGCUUAUCAUAAUGACGGGGUAUUCAACCAAAACCGCAUCCAAAUUAAAGAAGUGA